AUGGGACGCGCCACCCAGCCCUUAUAAAUAGCCGAGCGCGAAGGCACUUUCCCAACAAAGUCCAGAGAGGAAAAGAGAGAGAGAACCGAGCCGGGGAUCCAGGUGACUCCAGAGGACAACGAGGCCUCAGAGGAGGAAAGGAAAGGAAAGCGAAGGACGAAGGGAGGGAAGGAAGGAAGGGGAAGAGGACCGCGGGGGCUGGAGAGGCCCGGACCCGGCGCCCCCCUUGUGCCCUCUUUGCUUUCAUGAAACGCCUGGUGGCCUGGGACCAGGCAUGCCUCCCGCUCCCGCCCUCGGCCUUUAAAUCCAUGGAAGUGGCCAACCUCUACUACGAGACGGACUGCCUGAGCAAGCUGCACGCGCGGGGGCCCGUGGGCGGACCGCGGCCCAUGUCCGAGCUGAGCCUGGGCGAGCACGAGCGGGCCAUCGACUUCAGCCCUUACCUGGACCCGCUGGCUUCCCAGCAGCAGCAGCAGCAGCACCACCAGCAGCCUCCUCCACCCGCGGCGACGGCAGGGGGCAACUACGAGCCGCUUCCCUCCGGCAACAGCAACCCCGACUUCCUCUCCGACCUCUUCUCCGAGCAGGACUACAAAGCCGGGAAGCAGCAGCAGAAGCAGCAGCAGCACCAAGACUACACCUACAUCAGCCUGGCCAAGCAUAGCCACCACCCGCACCUCCACCAGGGCCAGAAGGCGUCUCUCUUGGGCUGCUUCUCGCCGCACAUGGUGGAGACCAAAGUGGAGCCCGUCUUCGAGCAUUUGGACUCGUGCAAAGCCGGGCCGCGCAAGGAGGACGCUGGAGUCGGAGGAGGAGGAGCGGCGUCCCUAGGGGGCAUGGCUUCCCCUUAUGGCAGCGCCGUCCGCUCCUACUUGGGCUACCAAUCCGUUCCCAGCGGGAGCAGCGGCAACCUCUCCACGGCCUCCUCCUCCAGCCCGCCCGGGACACCCAACCCUUCGGAUUCCUCCAAGUCGGGAGGCAACCACAGCGGCGUCUACGCGGCGUCCGGAGGAGGCGGAGGAGGCAAGAGCAAGUCCAAGAAGUCCCUGGACAAGCACAGCGAGGAGUACAAGAUCCGCCGGGAGCGCAACAACAUCGCCGUCCGCAAGAGCCGCGACAAGGCCAAGAUGCGCAACCUGGAGACGCAGCACAAGGUGCUGGAGCUGACGGCGGAGAACGAGAGGCUCCAGAAGAAGGUCGAGCAGCUCUCCCGGGAGCUCGGCACCCUCCGGAACUUGUUCAAGCAGCUGCCCGAGCCCCUCCUGGCCAACGCCGGGCACUGCUAGCCCCCCGGGGGAGGGGACGGACUCUUCUUCGCUUGUGGACUCCUCUUGGGAAAGGAAAGGCCUUCCCCGUGGCUUGGGUCUGGAUGCCCAAAGAGAUCGGCAAAAGGGCUGAGUGGAAUGGAGGAAGGGGGAGACUGAAAGGGUUUGGGGUUUGGGGAGGUGGGGCUUGUGAUGCCUUUCUCCCUGCCCUGCGCUGCCCGCCAGGGAUUAGUUUCUCAAACUCUUCCAGGUGUGUUGGACUUCAGCGCCCAAAGUCCACACUCAUUCUCCUGGGAGCCGAAGUCCGAAGCACAUGGCAGAGGAAAAUUUGGGAGUUGCAGGUUCUACAUCAGGUAUGGGCAAAUUUCAGCCCUCUGGGUGUUUUAGACUUCAACUCCCACCAUUCCUAACAGCCUCAGGCCCCUUCUUUUUCACCCUCAGCCGCUUAAGCCUGAGGCUGUUAGGAAUGGUGGGAGUUGAAGUCCAAAACACCUGGAGGGCCAAAGUUUGCCCACACCUAGAAUCAUAGAAUAGUAGAGUUGGAAGAGACCUCAUGGGCCAUCCAGUCCAACCCCCGCCAAGUAGCAGGAGAUCGCAUUCAACCUGUUCUACACUGUAUAAUUAACUCAGUUUAGUGGGUUGCUGUGAGUUUUCCGGGUUGUAUGGCAACAAUCCAGAAGCAUUCUCUCCUGACAUUAUCUCAGAGGUUGUGAGGUAUGUUGGAAACUAAGCAAGGGAGGUUUAUCUAUCUGUGGAAGGUCUAGGGUGGGAGAACUAUUUUUUUUUUUUAGAAAAGUGAAUGUUGCAAUUAAUCACCUUGAUUAGCAUUGAAUGGCCUUCCUGCCUGGGGGAAAUCAUAGAAUCAUAGAGUUGGAAGAGACCUCGUGGAUCAUCCAGUCCAACUCCCUGCCAAGAAGCAGGAAAAUUGCAUUCAAAGCACCCCUGACAAAUGGCCAUCCAGCCUCUGCUUAAAAGCCCCCAGAGAAGGAGUCUCUGCCAUACUCUGGGGCAGAGAGUUCCACUGCUGAGCAGCUCUCACAGUUAGGAAGUUCUUCCUAAUGUUCAAGUGGAAUCUCUGUUGCUGUAGUUUGUAGUUUGUUCCAUGUCCUAGUCUCCAGGGCAGCAGAAAACAAGCUUGCUCCCUCCUCCCUAUGACUUCCCUUUACAUAUUUGCACAUGGCUAUCAUGUCUCCUCUCAGCCUUCUCUUCUGUAGGCUAAACAUGCCCAGCUCUUUAAGCCGCUCCUCAUAGGGCUUGUUCUCCAGACCCUUGAUCAUUUUAGUCGCCCUCCUCUGGACGCUUUCCAGCUUGUCAACAUCUCCCUUAAAUUGCAGUUCCUAAAAUCCUUUGUUGGAAGGUGUUAGCUGGCCCAGAUUGUUUCCUGUCUAGAAUGUUUUUGAGAGUGUUGUUCUUUAUUUACUGUCCUGAUUCUAGAGUUCUUUUAAUAGUGGUAGCCAGAUUUGCUUCAUUUUCAUGGUUUCCUCAUUUCUGUUGAAGUUGUUCACAUGCUUGUGGAUUUCAAUGGCUUCUCUGUGUUUACAAUAUACCUCACAACCUCUGAGCAUGCCUGUCAUAGAUGCAGGCGAAACAUCAGGAGAGAAUGCUUCUGGAAUAUGGCCAUACAGACCAGAAAACUCACAGCAACCCGGGGAUUCCAGCCAUGAAAACCUCCAACAACACAUCAUUCAGUUCGGUUUGAUACCACUUUUAACUGCCAUGGCUCAAUGCUGCUGAAACCUGGGAGAUGCAGUUUCCUAAGAUCUGCCAAAGAGAUGCCUUGCAGAGCUGGGAUAGCACCUUGGGGGACUUGAGGGUGUAUCAGGCAAACUUGGGCCUCCAUGUAUUUUGGACUUCAACUCCCACAAUUCUUAACAACCUCAGGCCUUUUCCUUUUCCUUAAGCGGCUGAGGGGGGAAAAGAAGGGGCCUGAGGCUGUUAGGAAUUGUGGGAGUUGAAUUCCAAAACACCUGGAGGGCCCAAGUUUGCCCAUGCCUGAUCUACACACUGUAGAACUAAUAAUAAUAAUAACAAUAGCAAUAAUAACUUGUUACCUGUCUCUCACAGCUUGAGGCAAGUUAAAAUAGUGGAGCCACCUUCUCUGGAGGUUUCCAUGGCUAUCUAUUGGUGCUUUGAUUCAUGGAAGGGGUUUGAAAGGCAUAGCUUUUGUGCUUUCUUCCGCUUCGGUGAUUCUGUGAAAAUACAUGGACCAUAAUAAUAAUAUAGGGCCAUAUAAUAAUAAUUUGCUCAAGCAACCAGAAAUUACACUUAUCCGGCAUCUGCCAAUCCCUCUGGGUGCCAAUGCAGAGAAUCUACUGUUUAUUAAAAAAACAUAAAGAUUAAAAGCGCCUAUAUUGAUCAAAUGUCAUUUUGACACCACUUUAACUGCCACGUCUGGAUACUGUGGAAUUAUGGGGUUUAUAGUUUUGUAAGUACACCAGACCCCUUUUGGUGAAGAAGGUGAAAGUUUGCAAAUACACCUCUCAGGAUCCCAUGGCAGGGAAAGAGAUGCCAAACUGCAUGAAUUCUACAGUGUACUUGGACCCCAAGUUGGGAAAGCUGGGGGUGGGGGAAAUGGGAAUUGUUAUAAUAUAUAUAUAUUGGGGGGAGGGGAGAGAAAACCCAGAGGGUUUACAUAUAUAUUAUAUUAUGGUUUUUUUGUGUGCCUUUAAUUGACACACUGACGUUGGGAGAAGCCUUUCUGGCUGCAACUGUGCUUUAAAACUCCUUUGGCUGGCGCGGGGAGUCUCCUGGCCAUUUCCAUUUACCUCUACCCACCCUCUAAACUUAAAGGCAUCCUUAUUUUCCUCCUCCACAACUUUACUAAUAGGUUUUUUUUCUGAGAAAAAGAAAAGAUGAUGCCAAAUCGAACACAAGCCAUGGUAGUUCAGAUCAGAUAUAUUUUCAGGGUUGUUUUCCCCCCCCUUUCCUAUUUUUUGUUGGUUGAAUGUUAGUGUUAUUUAAGGAAUAAAGAAAGAGAGAGAUAAUAGUAUAAAAGCAGGGAGAAAGGGAGUCUGGAAUGAUGCAAUCUUUAAACCAUGGCUGGGAAGCUCACUGCACAUGAUGCAACUUUGUGUAACUGUCAGUCAUGGAUUGAGUAAUCUGUUAAAGAUGUUCUUACAGGUUUUUUUUUAUUAUGAUAAAGAAUCAUCUAUUUCUAUAUAUAUGUAUAUAUAAAGGACAUAUGUAUAUUUUGGGAUCUUGCUAUGAAGCAUUAAUGAACAAUUUUAAUAAAACUUUAUUGCUAGGAUGGACAA